AUGUCGAGUGUGGAUAAUGUCGAGUGGAUAAUGAGAAAAAAGCAAGUUUGCAAGCGUCCUGGACUAAAGCCCCACCUACAUCUCACCAUGUUGGCAUUUAAUGACACCUUUUCUAAUUGGCCCACUUUUUCCUUCAUUGGUAUUCCUGGUCUGGAGAUUGCACAUAUAUGGAUCUCUAUCCCCUUCUGUCUCCUGUACCUGGUGGCCAUUGUGGGGAAUGCUCUUCUCCUCAUCCUAGUUAGAGCAGAACAGAAUCUGCAUGAGCCCCAGUUCUAUUUUUUGGCCGUGCUAGCCCUUACUGACCUAGGCCUUUCAUUGUCCACAAUGCCCAGUGUCUUGGCCAUCUUCUGGUUCGAUAUCCACCACAUCGGCCUGGAUGCCUGCCUGACCCAAAUGUUCUUCAUCCAUACUCUCUCCUCAGUAGAGUCAGGUGUCCUGGUAGUCAUGGCUUUUGACCGCUUGGUUGCCAUCUGUGCUCCACUAGACUACCCCAGGAUCCUAACUCGCCAUACUGUAGUCUGCCUUAGUGGAGCUGCCUUCCUACGGGGUGCGACUCUCCUGGCCCCUCUGCCUUUUUUCCUCAGGACCUUUCCUUUCUGUGGGGCCAACAUCCUCUCACACUCUUAUUGUUACUACCCAGAUAUGCUGAACCUGGCCUGUGGGGAUGUCACUUUCAGCAGCAUCUAUGGAUUGGUCUGUGUGCUGUGCACAUUUGCAGUGGAUGUUGUCUUCAUCCUAGCUUCAUACAUAAAGAUUCUGAGUGCUAUUAUGAAAUUGGGGAUCCACAACAGAAACUGGAGAUCACUGCACACCUGUAUCUGUCACCUGUGCAUCGUGCUUGUGUUUUACCUGCCCCUCAUCAGCCUUGCAGUACUACAUCGUUACACUCAGGAAACGUCCCCAAUUUUAUACACCACAAUGAGCAAUGCCUACCUCCUCAUGACACCACUGCUAAACCCUGUUGUCUACAGUCUCAAAUCCCGGCAAAUCCAGGCUGCCUUGCGUAAACGAUUUUGGGUACAACGUGUGGUUGCUGGAGAAUGA